GGCACAGAGCACCAAGAAUAUGAUAAUACAGAGGCAAUGUUUAGAACUGUUUUAAAUCUUACGGACUUUGAGCCUGAACGAGUUAAGUCAGCAGUUUAUGUAGCUUAGCCAAACAUGUAUCCCUUGCUACAUUUCAUUUCCCUUCCCUGCCUGCCAACUGAAUCUACUUCCUGUAGAUCUUUCACUAGACUGAUUCUCUUUCCAGGGAUAUUUUCUUCUUGCUAUUGUUCUUGUUAUCAAGAGACAUGUCGUGCAACACUGCAAAGAAAGAGAAGCGAUUUCUGUUCACAUCUGAAUCUGUUGCAGAAGGACAUUCUGAUAAAAUGUGUGACCAGAUCAGUGACGCUGUGCUUGAUGCGCAUUUAAAGAUUGAUCCGGAUGCCAAGGUUGCUUGCGAAUGUGUAGCCAAAACAGGGAUGAUCUUGCUAUGUGGAGAAAUUACUUCCAAAGCUGUUGUGGACUACCAGCAGGUUGUGAGAGAGACUGUAAAGAAGAUUGGGUACGAUGACUCUUCCAAAGGACUGGAUUACAAGACUUGCACCGUCCUGAUAGCCCUGGAACAGCAGUGCCAUGAAAUCAAAAAGGCCAUCUCCUGUGGGAAGACUGACGAUGAUAUUGGAGCUGGAGAUCAAGGCUUGAUGUUUGGUUACGCUACGGACGAAAGCGAGGAAUGCAUGCCCUUAACCAUCCUGCUUGCCCACAAGCUGAACGCCAAGCUGAAGUCUCUGGAGAGGGAUGGCACUCUGCCCUGGCUGAGACCAGAUGGGAAAACACAGGUCACAAUGGAAUACAAGGAAGUCAAUGGUGCAGUUGAGCCAAUCCGCGUGCACACCUUGGUGCUUUCGGUCCAGCACGCUCCUGGGGUGCUGCUGAAGCAAAUGCAGAAAGACCUGAUGGACCGAGUUGUGAAAGAUGUGAUUCCAGCAAAAUAUCUGGAUGAGAGGACAGUCUACCAUCUAUUGCCAAGUAAAGCAUUUCUGGAAGGUGGACCUAAGAGUGAUGCUGGCCUGACUGGCAGAAAGAUUAUCGUUGAUACCUAUGGGGGCUGGGGGGCCCAUGGCGGAGGUGCCUUUUCGGGCAAAGAUCCCUCCAAAGUCGAUCGCUCAGCAGCAUAUGCGGCUCGGUGGGUGGCCAAGUCCUUGGUGAAAGCAGGCCUCUGCAGAAGAGUCUUGGUCCAGUUAUCGUAUGCUAUUGCACUGAGUCACCCUCUAGCCAUUUCAGUUUUCCACUACGGCACAUCAGACAGAUCCGAAGACGAGCUGCUUGAGAUCAUUGAGAAGAACUUUGACCUUCGCCUGGGCCCGAUCAUCAGGGAGCUGGACUUGAAGAAACCCAUUUAUCAGCAGACUGCGUGCUAUGGGCAUUUUGGAAGAGAAGAAUUUACAUGGGAGCAGCCCAAAAAACUGGUUUAUUAGAAACAUUUGGGCAGUGAGGUUUCUAAAAUACCAAUCUGGUCAAAACUAUCAUAAGAAUAUAUUGUGGAGCCGGCUGGAUAGCAGACAUUUUAUAAACAUUAAAAAGCGAUUUAAUGCUUUUCAA